UUAUCGAUAUAUUCCAGAAAUUCGUUUUCAGAGAAAGUGAAAUAUUUUGACCUGACUUCUGAGACAAUGUACCUAAAUUUUCCGAGAAUAUUUUUCAUUUUUGCGGCGUUUUUGGCGCUAUUUGUUCCCUCAGAGAUGCUGGCCGAAGACGCCGGUGUUCAGUUGAAUUAUGAUUCCGAGUCUGACCAACCCAUGAACGGAGUUUCUGAGAACGUUGCGCCAAAUUUCAAGGACUUCCCGGCAUUUCUGAUUCAACGAUUUCGAAGAUCACCGCAGUCCAGCAGCAGAACUCAUUCCAGCAACGACGUUCAAUACAGAAGAUCAAAUUCGCCUUUGGGAAUAGAAGCUUGCUUUUGUACUGGAGAUGAUACGAGACAAGAUGAACACUGUAUCUGCUUUCCUGGGCCUCAUGGAAAGAAAUUUCACGUUUGUUUGACGUUCAUUGGAGUGCCGUAUUGCACGCCUAUUUUUGGGUGAAAUCACGUGCUGUCGUGGUGACUUUAUUGUGGAACGCAAAUUUUUAUUAAAGGUUGCAAUUGAUUUCACGAAAGAAUCCAGUCCAAAUUUCGUCAUCUUGAUUCUGAAUGUUCAGGAAAAUAAAUGCUCGCAAGGACCGGUCCACAAAACUAUUUUCCAGAGCGAGAAGCCCAAGACAAAAACCACGCAUGUUCUUUUUAUAGUUUCCGAG